AGUGGAUUGUGGGUAAGACGUCAGCCCGCCGCUGUAACUGUCUUUCUGUACCGGUGAAGGAGAGUCUGGAGUCAUGAGAGGGGUCAGGUCUCUGAACAAUCUCCCCAAACGUUGCUAUGCCGCUGCCAGGAGGAGUGAGCCUCUAACUGAACCCCUUGCAGGCCUCAAACCGUCCCCAGCUGCAUCCCUCCCAACCCAAAAUGUCCAGGUGUCCAAGCUUCCAAACGGUCUGGUGAUAGCAUCACUGGAGAACUACUCCCCUUUGUCCAGUGUUGGUGUGUUUGUGAAAGCAGGGAGUCGCUUUGAGACCAUGGAAAACCAGGGCGUCUCUCAUGUGCUACGACUGGCAGCAAACCUGACUACUAAGGGUGCGUCUGCCUUCAAGAUCUGUCGCGCUGUGGAAGCUCUGGGGGGCAGCCUGAGCGUGACAUCAUCAAGAGAGACCAUCAUGUACACCGUAGACUGCUUGAGAGAUCACCUAGAUUCAUUAAUGGAGUAUUUGGUCAACGUAACCACAGCUCAGGAGUUCCGGCCGUGGGAGGUGGAGGAACUGACGUCCAGGGUGAAGAUUGACAAGGCUCUGGCUCAGCAGUGUCCUCAGAUCGGUGUAAUUGAGAAGUUGCAUGAGGCAGCUUACAAAAAUGCCCUGUCCAACUCUCUGUACUGCCCUGACUACAUGGUCGGUCACGUCUCCUCUAACCAGCUGCAGUCUUUUGUUGAGGACAAUUUCACCACUGGCAGAAUGGCUCUUGUAGGUCUAGGUGUGAAGCACUCUGUCCUGAAGCAAGUGGGCGAGGGGCUCCUAAGUGUUCGCAGUGGUGCUGGAGCACCUGUGGCUAAGGCUGUGUACCGUGGAGGUGAACUUCGGGUACAGAACAAUGACAGCCUGGUCCACUCACUGAUUGCCAGCGAGGCUGGUGUGACAGGUAGUGCAGAGGCUAAUGCCUUCACCGUGUUGCAAAGGAUCCUGGGAGCCGGGCCACAUGUAAAGAGGGGCGCCAACAUCACCAGCAAAAUGAGCCAGGGUAUUGCCAAAGCUACCACACAGCCCUUUGAUGCCACAGCCUUCAAUGCCUCAUACUCUGACUCUGGCCUGUUUGGCGUCUAUACCAUUGCACAAGCUGACUCUGCAGGAGAGGUGAUCCAAGCCGCCAUUGCUCAAGUGAGAGCUGUGGCUGAGGGAAAUGUAUCAGAGGCUGACAUCACAAGAGCAAAGAACCAGGUGAAAACAGAGUACCUGAUGUCAAUUGAGAGCUCGGAGAGCCUGCUGGAGGAGCUUGGUGCUCAGGCUCUGACCACGGCAGCGUACCAGCCCCCUGACGCGAUUGUCCAGGCUAUAGAUGCUGUCACCCAGGGCGAUGUGGUCAAGGCUGCAAAGAAAUUUGUGGAUGGCAAGAAGACCAUGGCAGCUAGUGGACACCUCAAGAAUACACCGUUUGUAGAUGAAGUAUGAGGGUAAAGCAUAAGAAUCUGUGGUUUUUAACUUGGGCAUGAUGUGCCUGGCUGCUUCAGAAGGGAAGAGGACCUCAUAAGCCACAGCCUUCUGCAACAAUUCAUUUGAUGUCAGCAAUCAUUUGUAGUCUGUCCUGCAGUAAGUCUAAGCAUGACAUCGGGAGCCGGAGAAUCAUAAUGCAAUUUUUCUUUUUUUUCUUGUCAGUUUUACUGUAUAUCUGUGUAAAUUAAGAACAGUAAUAAAGUCUGGUUGUCGCUUCAAUUUG